CAGCGCGUUGGAGGCAGUAGGAGGAACCUUAGUCUGCGCAAGUUGUGUGCGGAGACGGGAGCACCCUGCCUGGCAGCACCUCAUCCCACCCAGGCACCCUGAUCUCUGCCCAGGGCCAAGGGACGGGCUAUGGCUACGUCUAUACUUGGGGAAGAACCGAGAUUUGGUACCACUCCCCUAGCCAUGUUGGCCGCCACCUGCAAUAAGAUCGGAAACACCAGCCCCCUGAGUAGUCUGCCAGAGUCCAGCGCCUUUGCCAAAGGGGGAUUUCACCCCUGGAAACGCUCCUCAUCCAGCUGCAGCCUGGGCUCCAGCCUCGGGGGAUUCGCAGUAGCCACUAGCAGGGCCUCCAAUGCCCUAACCGGAGGAACCGCCACAGCCAACAGCGCUUUCUGCCUGGCCUCCACCUCCCCAACCUCGUCUGCCUUCAGCAGUGACUACAGUGGACUCUUUUCCAGCGCCUCGGGGGUGUCCCCGCAGGAAUCAGCCGGCCAGUCUGCUUUCAUUUCCAAGGUGCACGCCUCUGCGGAAGGUCUGUACCCGCGCGUGGGUAUGGCUCAUCCCUAUGAGUCCUGGUAUAAGUCUGGCUUCCACUCAGAUGUGUCUGGCGGGGCAUCGGCCUGGUGGGACGUUCAUGCUGCUGGUCCCAGCACUUGGCUGGAGGUGCAGAACACUCAAGGGGCCCUUCACUCUGGGGCUGCCGCACAUGGGCAACUCGGAGCUUACAGCCCGGACUUCAGUUCUUUGACCCACUCGGCUUUCAGCUCCACCGGCGCCUCCCACCUGCUCCCAGGGGGUCAGCACCUACUCACCCAAGACGCCUUCAAGCCGGUGCUUCCCUCCUAUGCUGACUCUGGGGCCCCCAUGCUCUCCGGGGCAGCAGGGGCGGUAGCAGGGGGGUCAGGGCGCUCAGCCAGAAGGUACUCAGGCCGGGCCACCUGCGACUGCCCCAACUGCCAAGAGGCAGAAAGACUGGGACCAGCUGGGGCGAGCCUGAGGAGGAAGGGGCUGCACAGCUGUCAUAUCCCCGGCUGCGGGAAAGUUUACGGCAAAACGUCUCACCUGAAGGCACAUCUGCGUUGGCACACCGGGGAGAGGCCCUUCGUCUGCAACUGGCUCUUCUGCGGCAAGCGAUUCACUCGCUCCGACGAACUUCAGCGGCACCUGCGCACCCACACUGGAGAGAAGCGCUUUGCCUGCCCUGUCUGCAACAAACGCUUCAUGCGCAGCGACCACCUGAGCAAACACAUCAAGACGCACAAUGGGGGCGGAGGUGGCAAAAAGGGAAGUGACAGCGACACAGACGCCAGCAACUUGGAGACCCCGAGAUCUGAAUCCCCCGAACUCAUUCUGGAAGGGGUUAGGCCUGGAAAGGACGCUGGGAAUGAGUCCUAGGAGGGGGACAGACACCCUUGGGGGCGCAUAGACUUCAUCCCGGGGGUGCAGCCUGCUUGUGGCGACUUAAACGCAUAAGGACGCCUUAGAAUUGCGAUUGGUUUUUUGGGGGUUUCAUAGUUACUUGUUGCUCGUGUGCACUGGACUCUUUGUACUGGCAAAGGCAAACUGAAACUAGAAAAUAUCGCACUUCGAACUUCUAGAUUCAGAGCAAUAGACGCAAUUCUUGGGGCUCAGAGACUAGGCACCACCUUGUUCUUAUUAAAAACACCAGAAAACCCUCCUGAUUCCUUUGUGGAUUACGACACUCAACCCCAUCCACUGAAAUCUAGUAACUGUUGUUUUUUUUAUGAUCCCAAAUACCAAUUCAUCUUUAAUGGCAGAUUAAGGUGAGAGGAUGAAAGAAACUGAGGGAAAUAUUUGGGACGAUUUCUCUGCAUUUCCUAUACUCUGUAUAAAAAAAACUAGACUUCAGCAAGGUCCUGUUGCUUUUUAUUCAUUUUAUUUCCUCCCAUUGUAAGCGUUUAUGCCAAUAGUUUAUUUUCUGUGGAUUCCUGAAAUUCAGGAUAUUUUAUUUUCCUUUCUUUUCUGAUGCACUUUGUGAAAGUCAAUAUAUAUAUAUAUGUAAGAGAUAUUUAAAAUGUUGAUUUAACAUUUCACACGCGUAAAUUAAAAAAAAAAAGAAAAAAAAGAAAAGAAAAUCAAAUCUAAAUGCGUUUAUCUGUAUUAUAUAAAAAAAACAACAACAACAAAAUCCUGGUAAUAUUUUGAUUUUCGUAUUAAAGACUUCUGAUCAUGAAA